UCAUAGGCUAAAGUUUUACUGCCAGUGUUUUUAUAUUAGGCUACGUACGUUACUGCACUUCUUGGAUUUGCCCAUAGUUCUACACACAAAGUUCGUAAUGUCUACACGAAGUGUAAUAAAUGCGAGUACGGCCAGUCUGGGUCGACGAUCCAAAAAUCGGUCGUUCCGUAAACAACGGUCGAAACGUAAAUUCAGCAAGGCCAUGCUGCUGGGUCUGGAGCUGCACGAGGCGGCGUCUAGCAACGACUACGACGCCCUGCAGGAGUACAUCAAGAGCGGCAAGUUCGACAUCAACGAGAAGGACACAGACUGGUUUUGCAGGACUCCUCUCCACUGGGCGUGCACAAAAGGAUUUGUUGAUGGAAUACGUCUGCUUCUUGAAAAUGGCGCCAACGGAACUUCUAGGACUGAAACUGGUUGGACUCCCGCCCACUGCGCUGCGGAGGCGGGGAGACUGAAUGCUCUACGAGCACUCCACACCGCCCACGUACCAAUCGACAGAAAAGACAAACACGGCGCAACACCACGCAGAAUUGCAACCAUCUACGACCACAAGGACUGCAUACGCUUUUUACAGCAGGCUGAGUAUGAACAAUACGAAAGACGGAAGAAACUGGGUAUCGAAGACAACUCUGACGACGAUUAUGACUGAGUAAACUUGCAUUAUCGUUUGUGUUGUUUAGCAUCGUGCUUCCCUGAAAUCAUGGCCAUCCGUCAAGGGCAAAUCUAGUGUUUUUGAAAGGGGUGUGCUAUGUUUGUUGUGGAAGAUUUGUGUACCCCUGCAUCUUGAUUCGUUAUCAUAACAAGUAUCACUAUCAGAUCGUCACCAUCAUCAUCAUAAUCAUCAUCAUCAUCAUUACCAUCAUCAUCCUGUUUCAUUAGAUGUUUACAUUAAUAGUUGGGUAGUCUAAAUGGCAUAUGUAUAGUGUAUAUUGCGUGAUUCAGUACAUGCUGUAGACAGAUCCAACCAUAUAUGUAGCGUCGACCAACUCAAACAUCCAUAUUUAUUUACUUUAUGUAGCGUCGACCAACUCAAACAUCCAUAUUUAUUUAUUUUGUUACAUUUGAUACAUGUCGUUUGUCUAUUAUUUACAACCAUUAUUUAAUCAUUUCUGAUCGGUAACGUUUGGAAUUUAAUUUAUAAUUUAAACAGCAGUUUGUUUAACUUAUAAUUAUACAUAUUAUAUUGCCUCCACUCCACCCCACGCCAUCCACCCCACCCCACCCUUACUUUACUUGUCAUGACCAGCGAACAGUGGAGAAAUUGUAGGGAAAACGUAACUUACAUGGCAGCCCAUACAAGUAAAUAAAUAAAUAAAUAAAUAUACAAAUAAAUAAAAUUACAAACAAAUAAAUAAAUUAUUUUUAAAAUCCCAACUCUACUUGCCAACGACAAUCAAGCUUCAGAACAUUGCGUGAAAAACUAAUGCUUUUAAAACUCCCUGUUACAAUUAACAUCUUGAUCGGUAUCUGAAUCCGCAGCCCUUGGCAUAGUGCACCAUCACUGUUACUUGCUACACUAAACCACGCAUUCAAAACAAACGUGUAUUUUUGCCUUAUAAACAAUGACCGGAAUCAGUUCAUAUAGAAUAAAACAAAAAUACUUGUGAUCGCGACUGUAACGAAUUAUAUGAUUGUCUCUUCCUGUUGGGAGUUGAUUGCCUGGAUCCAAUCAUUUGGUACAUGACUGUGGUGUGUGUAGUAAAUUACAAAUGCUAAAAAUUAUUGUUUGGUGACCAAAUUGCUUCAUGACCUCUACUGUUACUUAACCAGCAAAUCAAAGCGUCUAAUGCAUAAUAUGUCAAAACCUGUUAAAAAAUAGAUUUACGUAUAGUUGGUUGGUUACUGGUUCUUGGUACCAAGUAUAGCAGUUAUGUCUGUGGAUAUAUUUAUGAUAUAAUCUUAUAUGUAUUAAUGCUGUUCUGGUCAUGAUAAUAUGAAGAACGGACAGUCACAUCGAUUUAAAAAAAAAAAAUUAUAUGUAGAAGCCCACAAAGCCAACUUAUUUAAUUUUUUAUUGGGUGAUCGAUAACCGUAUUGUAAACUUCUGCUUCCACAUAUAUGAGUUAAAUCUGGAACCGCUUUUGUCACUUCGAUAAAAGAAAUAGGCCAAGUAUUGUGUGCUCAAUUCUGUUAAACUUUACAUGAAAUAAAAUUCUGUUAAAUUGUACAUGAAAUAAAAUUAUGUUAAACUUGACAUGAAAUAAAAUUGUUUAUUACAAA